AUUUUAUUGAUCCGAUCUCAUUCCGCAUACUCCAAAAACGAAAAGGCUACUUACUCCAGUUUCGAAAAAAUUACAAUACUAACUAAUAAUAACUUGCAAUUAUAAGGUAGCAGCAAUGCUGCCACGGCAAUAUUACAACGAGCAAGACGUUCGAAAACGGCAAAUCGAUACUUUAAAAAUAUUCAAUGACAACGUCCAAGAAGUGACUGAAAAUACGGAGUAUAAAGUAGAUUUCACAAUAAAUGGGAAGAAUUUCAGCUUGAACGUGAUAUUAGGGCCGGAGUUUCCUAAUGAGAAGCCAGUUAUAUUGGUGAAUCCUCCGGUAUCGCAUCCAUGGGUGGCGGAGCACUCAAGUCAAGUGGUUGGGGCUCCGGGGCUGAUCCAGUUUACUGUGCAUUCGGAUUUGGGGAGAGUUGUGCAUGCUGUUAUUAGGGAGCUCCAAAAGGCACUGCCAGUAGAAGAAGAGUCUCAGAGCAGCCCCUCGCACUCACACUCCCUCCUGUUUCCGGAGCUUGGAGAGCUGACGAUUGAGGAGCUGCAUGAGAUCCUGGAGAACCCGGACUUGCAGGUAACCUUUCACAAUGUUGCACUGCCAGUAGAAGAAGAGUCUCAGAGCAGCCCCUCGCACUCACACUCCCUCCUGUUUCCGGAGCUUGGAGAGCUGACGAUUGAGGAGCUGCAUGAGAUCCUGGAGAACCCGGACUUGCAGGCACUGCCAGUAGAAGAAGAGUCACAGGGCAGUCCCUCGCACACAUCCCACCUCCUGUUUCCUGAGCUUGGGGAGCUGACGAUUGAGGAGCUGCAUGAGAUCCUGGAGAACCCGGACUUGCAGGGCUUAUUUCUGAUAUUAUCGUACCACCUACACAGGGAGCUCCAAAAGGCACUGCCAGUAGAAGAAGAGUCUCAGAGCAGCCCCUCGCACUCACACUCCCUCCUGUUUCCGGAGCUUGGAGAGCUGACGAUUGAGGAGCUGCAUGAGAUCCUGGAGAACCCGGACUUGCAGGACAAGCUUCUAGAAACCACGCCCCAACUCCUCGCCCUGAAUCUGGAGACGGAGGAACUGAUGCUCAGCAUCGAGAGGAUAGCCCGGGACAACAUCGCAGAACAGCAGAGACUGGACGAGAUGAAGACGGAUGUCGUGGACCGGAUAUCCGCGCUGGUGCAGAUGAAGAUAAACUAUGAGGAGCUGCAUACUAGGUGAGGCUUCUUGCAGGACCAAAUUCUAGAAACUACGCCCCAACUCCUCGCCCUGAAUCUGGAGACGGAGGAACUGAUGCUCAGCAUCGAGAGGAUAGCCCGGGACAACAUCGCAGAACAGCAGAGACUGGACGAGAUGAAGACGGAUGUCGUGGACCGGAUAUCCGCGCUGGUGCAGAUGAAGAUAAACUAUGAGGAGCUGCAUACUAGGAUCGAGAGGAUAGCCCGGGACAACAUCGCAGAACAGCAGAGACUGGACGAGAUGAAGACGGAUGUCGUAGACCGGAUAUCCGCGCUGGACCAAAUUCUAGAAACUACGCCCCAACUCCUCGCCCUGAAUCUGGAGACGGAGGAACUGAUGCUCAGCAUCGAGAGGAUAGCCCGGGACAACAUCGCAGAACAGCAGAGACUGGACGAGAUGAAGACGGAUGUCGUGGACCGGAUAUCCGCGCUGGACCAAAUUCUAGAAACUACGCCCCAACUCCUCGCCCUGAAUCUGGAGACGGAGGAACUGAUGCUCAGCAUCGAGAGGAUAGCCCGGGACAACAUCGCAGAACAGCAGAGACUGGACGAGAUGAAGACGGAUGUCGUGGACCGGAUAUCCGCGCUGGACCAAAUUCUAGAAACUACGCCCCAACUCCUCGCCCUGAAUCUGGAGACGGAGGAACUGAUGCUCAGCAUCGAGAUGAUAGCCCGGGACAACAUCGCAGAACAGCAGAGACUGGACGAGAUGAAGACGGAUGUCGUGGACCAGAUAUCCGCGCUGGUGCAGAUGAAGAUUAACUAUGAGGAGCUACAUACUAGACACCAGAAAUUGUCAGAAGAGUACGACCCACACCGCAUCAGGGAUUGCUUGAAAGCGGCCGCCUUGAAGGCAGACGAGGAUGCCGAGGCCAUCGCUGAGCAGUUCCUACUAGGUAAGAUGCCAGUGGAGCGUUUCAUCUCACAAUUCGCGGAAACGCGCGCGAGGGGGCAGGCGCGGCGCGCGCGCGAGGAGAGACUCGCGCACCAGCUCGCGCAGCUACAUCGCGCCACCUAGGUCAGCUGACAACAAUCUCAUACCAUAGAAAAAUAUAAGUAGGUAAGGAACAGAGAUCGGACAAAGCGUCAUUGCUCGCAAUAAUGUGGACAUGACUCCAAAAUUUAUUAAAUAAUUAAUCAUUUCAUUAAUUUCUUACCUGAGGUUUAAUUUUGAUUCCUAAUCAAUAAAUAACUCAAAGAUUUCUUAUAAUGUAAAUUUAUUAAAAAAAUAAUCAGUAUGUUUUCCAAAUUAUCUGUAGGUACUCAAUUUUUAUAUCAAAAAUAUAUUAAGUGCUAUUUAUUGACUAGGGGACAAAAUUAAAUCUCAGGUAAAAAAAUAACUAAAAUAAUUAAAUGAUUAAUUAUUUAAUCAAGUUUGGACGUCAUGCUCCGUGGAAACCCCACUGUCUGUUUUGUGAUUUAUUGAAACGUAAUGCUGAUGUACACAAUAUGUACUGAAUUAGUACAUACUUCAAAAAAAUUGUACCUCAAUAGAUCGAGAGUACAAUAAACUCAAUUCGGACUUGCUGUAGAGCAUCUCCCCAGCAACCCCAAAAUUUAAUUAAAGAAAAUUUUUAGGGUUCCGUACCCAAAGGGUAAAACGGGACCCUAUUACUAAGACUUCGCUGUCCGUCCGUCCGUCCGUCCGUCCGUCCGUCCGUCUGUCACCAGGCUGUAUCUCACGAACCGUGAUAGCUAGACAGUUGAAAUUUUCACAGAUGAUGUAUUUCUGUUGCCGCUAUAACAACAAAUACUAAAAACAGAAUAAAAUAAAGAUUUAAAUGGGGCUCCCAUACAACAAACGUGAUUUUUGACCAAAGUUAAGCAACGUCGGGAGUGGUCAGUACUUGGAUGGGUGACCGUUUUUUUUUUUGCUUUUUUUUGUUUUUUUUUUAUAUGGUACGGAACCCUUCGUGCGCGAGUCCGACUCGCACUUGCCCGAUUUUUUCGUAAAUACUUACUUUUUAGCAAAUAAGAUACCGAAAAAAUGUACUGUGGUUUUUAACGUUGAAUGAGUUAGCCAUGGCUAGUUAAAUUAAUUAAUUGUCGCCAGGACGCAAGCGCCUCCAGCCGACUUCUCAAAGGUACGAAACUUUGUUUUUUUACAAUGGGGUUUCGUAGUCACCUAGACACCCUUAUACUUUCGCUAGGUCUGUCUGUCUGUCUGUCCGAGGCUUUGCUCCGUGAUCGUUAGUGCUAGAAAGCUGCAAUUUGGCAUGGAUACAUAAAUCAUGCAUUGCGACAGAACGGUAAAAUACAAAGUGCAAAAAAAAAUUUAGGGUACCUCCCAUACAAAAAGUUUUUUUUUGUUUUGUCGCGACUGAUACAUUCCGCUACUUGACGCUAGAUGUCGACUACGAAAUAACUAGCGUUUUCGUAAGAAAACUGAUGUAUGGAGUUACCACUCUUUCUUUCCUUAUAUUACUCUAUGGUGUUACUGUAGUUACGUAUGUAUUCCCUAGGUUAAUAUAUUAAGCUGUUCUUCCUAUAUUUAUAUAACGUAUAUAACAUGGAUUGUGCAAUAA